AUGUACUGCCAACGUCUCGCCGCUCCACUUGCUCGCUCCAUCAUUGCUCAACGAGCUCCACUUGCACUCCGAGCUGAGGGAGCUUUGGCAACUCGUGCUCUUCACACCUCGGUGACCCGCAAAGAUAUCGACAGUGCUGCCAAAUACAUCGGAGCCGGAGCCGCCACGGUUGGAGUCGCUGGAUCGGGAGCUGGUAUUGGAAACGUGUUUGGCGCUCUCGUCAUCGGCUACGCUCGCAACCCAUCACUCAAACAACAACUCUUCUCAUAUGCCAUCCUUGGGUUCGCUCUCUCCGAAGCUAUGGGUCUCUUCUGUCUGACAAUGGCCUUCAUGAUUCUCUUCGCUUUG